CAGCGACGUGUCGGUUUACCAUCACUCUAGUUAUACCGUCGUUAAGCCAGUACGUUCUCACAAACCCAGUCAAACCACUAUUAUUACUUUGAAGACAGCAUCUUUAAAGAUCACGUAUUCAUGUCAUCCUGUGACUCGACUUAGAUCCUCCCACCAGGGAUACGGACUAUUUAAACCUCGCACAGCAUCAUCCCGAACCUUUCAGAGAUACGCACGCAAGAGAUAUCUGAAAUACAUUUUUUCCGCUAGGAGGAGUGCCAGCUCUGAUUCUGGCUGCCACUAUGCCACUUCUGGAAGAAAGCUCCCUGCUGACGGAGUGUGCUCGAACUGUUCCAGUAGUCAUCAUUGGAAAUGGUCCUUCAGGGAUUUGCUUGUCAUACCUGCUGAGUGGAUAUACUCCUUAUUUAGAUCCUAUGGCUGGGCACCCAAACACCAUCCUUUUUCGUAAACUACAGGAAGCAAAACAGGUUCCCAUUACUGAACAGGAUUUGGUGUAUCUCUGUGAGGGUUUAGAGGGGCGCUCCGAAAACCCAGUGGCAGUGCUCUUUGACACCCUCCUUCAUCCAAAUGCAGAUUUAGGCUUUGAGUUCCCUUCUGUACUGCAAUGGAGGCUAGAAAAGAAACACCACAUUCCUCAUCUGGUCUUGGGCAAAGCUUCACCUGGUGGUGCCUGGCACGCAAUGGAGGGUUCCAUGUUGACAAUUAGUCUUGGGAUAUGGAUGGAGUUACCAGGAGUCAACUACAGAGAUUUGAAUUUGGGCAAAAGGAGGGUGUCCAACGAUCGAGCCACUCCAGAGGAGAUAUCUUCGUACUACAAAAAUUAUGUCAAGAUCAUGGGCCUCCAGAAGAACUUUGUCGACAACACAUACGUCACAUCUGUUCAAAAACUCCACCGUAGUCAUGAAAAAAGUCUUAGGAAUGAAAAAGACACUGGUCAGACGAAUGGGUGUGAUUACUGCAAUAAGAAUGGGACGGAGAAUGGUCAGAAUGGAACGAUGAAUGGGUUUAGUAAUGAGAUCCAAAAUGCAAUGGAAAAUACCUGUACAAGUGGUGUAAUCAGGGAGAAGGACAAAGAUAAAAGAGGUAAAGAAGAAGUAAAACAGAGUUUUGGGAAUUCACAGGGACUCUGGGAGGUCAGGGGUUAUCAGCAGUUUAAAGGUGACACUAACGUCCCCUUUAGCUUAUUUGCAGAGAAUGUUGUCUUGGCAACAGGAGCAUCCGACUCACCAGUUCGACUUGGAGUAGAGGGUGAGGAUCUUCCCUAUGUGUUUCACAGUGUUCGUGACCUUGGGGUGGCUGUCAGCUGUCACGGCAACCUAGGACCUUCCUCGGACCCAGUGCUGGUAGUGGGGGCAGGCCUUAGCGCAGCUGAUGCAGUGUUGUGUGCUCGAAACCGCGGGGUCCCCGUGUUGCAUGCCUUCCGCAAGUCUGCCGAUGACCCAGGUCUCAUCUUCAAACAGUUGCCAAAGACCCUUUACCCUGAAUAUCACAGGGUCUAUCACAUGAUGUGUUCUCAUGCAUACCCAUCAUCCCCUGUCGCCAACACCACAACCACCAGCCCAUCUCUGUUCCCAGACUACACCAGCUUCCCAGAGCACUGUGUACUCUCCUUCCAGCCUGACAUGCACUGUGUGAUGAGGGGAUCUAAUGGUGUUUUGAGGGCGUUAAAAGUCUCGAUGGUGCUAGUUCUGAUUGGGUCAUAUCCCGAUUUGUUUUUCUUAAAGGACCAAGGGCGCUACCUUGGCUUGGAUCCCAGUAGGCCAAUUUCUUGCAAACAAAAUCCUAUCGACAUAAAUCCCUACACCUUUGAGUGCAAUGCUGAGCCUGGACUCUUCGCCAUGGGUCCUCUUAUUGGUGACAAUUUCGUACGCUUCCUAAAAGGAGGUGCUCUUGGUAUCGCUGGCUGUCUACUUAGGAGAUUAAAACAGAUGAACAAAAAAAUAGGAAAUUGAUCGGGGAGGAAGGAGGGUGCGGAUGAUUAGAAAAAGAGAAGAGAUUUUCAUGAAAGAAGGAGCUCGUUUUUAUAUGGAUGCAGUGAAUACUACAACUUGCAAGAGACAUACAAUUAUAAAAAUGAGGCUAGGAGAACUCUUUUAACUUUCGACUCUCAGGAGCUGGGAUACUGUCUUCCCAGCUGAGUCUGAGGUUUACAGAGUGUUUUCUAGGUCAGAAAUCAUGUGCCAAUAUGUCAGUUUAUGUGAAGCACGCUUUACCUCUUAUUGUUGCAAAAACUGUCAGUUGCCUUUGUGUUACUUGUAAUAAGUACUGCUUUUGCAGCAAAUUUCCCAGUUAAGUUUAUAGUGCCUAAGGCAAGGAGACUUGCACUGAGCUGUACAAGCCAUAGAUAUGUACACCAGAUGUCGCCUUGGGGUUCUAAGCAUGCGUCAAAACUGCCGCCAUCUUGGAACAGGGGUCUUGGUAUAGGAAGUAGCUAGGUAAUGCUACUAUCUCCGCCUGUACUUCAAAUUCAUGGAUGAUGCCGGACUUUUGUGAUGCGUAUGGAUGUUAUACCUACUAGCACUAUGCAGUUAGAAAAUAUAAAUUUUCAUUAUAUCAAAAAAAAAAUUCUGGACUCAAUUGUAAAUACAUGUCUGACGGAUGGAAUGAACCAAAAAACCCCUAGAAAACCAUUGCCUACAAUGACGCUGAUGCAGGGCUACCCUGUUUCAAGAUGGCGGCUCUAUGUGACGCAUUCAUUCCAAUGAACUGCCGUAGCCAAGUGACAUCUAGUGUACAUAUCUAUGUGUACAAGCAAGCAACACAUCAAGAGCAGAUUUCAAAGGCCCAAAUCUUAAAAACCAUGUCUUGUGCAGACUGCACAAACCAUUGAAAUACCAGUAAAUGCCUAAUUUUUAUUAAAGACGCACACAAUUUUACCAUGGCCUUACCCCAAAUAUAAUAUACCUUACCCCAUUUGGUUUAGUUAGAUAUAUUAUCAUACAAAAGACAUAACCACACUUUUGUCUAGAGCUUUAGAAACACCUAACUGGUUGUCUUUAGAUCCUAUAUCUCCUACCUAGUCUCAUGUAGAUGCGUACAAAUAGAACAAAGUGUGAAAACUCUUUGUAAUACAAACACCAAAUUCCAGUUUGGCGUGCAAAUGAUACGACAGGAGUACUUUCAGUACGGCGCACCUUUUUUAUGUCAAUUUAUGUAUUGGUUUCUCUUUUUUUCUGUUUUUUAAACCAUUUUCGCUUGGAUUUGGGGUUAGAUUUGAGAUUUGCUUUAGGAUGUCAUUUAAUAUAUAGGUUUCUCCAUGUUCUUGUCUAUUUUUAAGCCUUGUCAUUUUAUGUAAUGUAAAGUUGUUCUAACCCCAAACCAAAGCGACAAUGGUAAAAAAAUUGAAAAAAUUUGAGAAAGCAAAAGAAAAAAGACACACUGUAUUAAGCGAAUGGGAAGGACUGGCGUAUCAUAUGCAUGCCAAAAUGGAAUUUGGGGUAUGUAUUGCAAGAGUUUUCACACUUCAUGCUAUUUAUAAGCAUCUCCAUAAGACUGGGUUGGUAUCUCUAGACUGGGGUGUCACUCAGUUCUACAGCAACCAGCUCCAACACAACUGCUUGAGUUUCUAGUAAUCCUGAAGACCUUGAUUAGCUGGAUCAGGUUUCUUUGAUUAAAGUUGGAUAUAAACUCUGCAGGACAUGGUUAUGUCUAGAAGGGAUACAGCAGCAGACAAAACCUAGUGAAAUCUCACUGGAUGAGCACUAUUAUCAUAAUCCUAUCACAAACCCAACGCUUAACCCAACAUUUUACAGGUUUUUGGCCGUAGCUGUACCCCAUCUAGCCAGAACCGCUGUUUUCAUCCUUAUCCUGCCCCCAAACACAACAUUUAGGCUGUAGCUGUAUCGCAUCUACCCAAAACCGCAAGACACUGGCCCUUCAGGAACUAAGGUUUACAAUCCUGCUCUAGACUGUGUAGAAGAGUUAAUAUGAUAAUGCAGAACAUGCAAUAUUGUAAAAGCAUUAAAACCAAACCUUGCUCUGUUUCCAUUAACCAAAAACAUACAAGUGCCAAACCCCCGAAUUGAAUGGCCAUUUACAGUGACUAUGCUGUUUUCAGACUCAUUUGUAAAUGCUUUCAGUUUAAUCCAACAUAAAAUAUUUUAGAAAUUAUUCAACUCCUUUAUAAAGAUUCAAACAAACUGCAUUGAUCAGUGAUGCCUAGUGCUUCAUACUUCUUUGUUGUGCCAAAUAACUAUUUUAAAACAGGCUUUAAAAUACAAAAAUUGUUACAUUUUUACCAUUAGGAUUGGAAAUUUAAACUGCUGAGGAUGUCACAGAUUGAGGAUCUUAUCAAAGUACUUGAAAUUGUGCUCACACAAAAAUGACAGAACUGAGCUGUAAUAAAGUCAGCAGUCAU